UUCCUAAUUAGCAUGUUCAUGUGCUUGCAGAGUUCAGAGGACAGACCAGUACAAUUCACUCAAACAUGUCAGGCUCUGUAACAGUGCAGUGAAAAGUCGGUGAAAGCCGACCCCAUAGAAAGUUUUCAAAGUGUGGAGUGGUGAAGAUGAGGAACCAGCUGUGGAGCGUGCCACCCUUCCGGAAGAUGCCAGACCGACGGAUCCGCAAAGCCCGCUUCAAGGACCGCGACCUGCGUGUGCUCAUCGAUUCCGUCAUGGAGAGACGAGGGGACAUCUUCGGUGAGGGGGGCCAGCCGCCCACCAUGCAGAGCCGCCGCCAGGCUUGGCUCUUCGUCAUGGAGAAAGUCAAUGCAGUGUCUGGGACUCGCAGGACCUGGGAGGAGGUGCGGAAGAAGGUCCAUGACCUGAAGAAAAGCACCAAGGAAAAACUGGCUUAUAACAGAAGAGCUCGCCAAUUAUCGUGUGGUGGCAGACCAGACAUCAAAACAUUGACAGAGUUUGAGAAUGAUAUGAUCCUGCUUUUUGGGAAAGAAAGUUUUGAAGGGCUUGAUACUGUGGAUCUUGGAGUCAUGUCAAGACUCAGUGAGUGUGAGCCUAUGUACUCAUACUCUGCCAUUUUGUAUCUCUUCACAGAUCAAGGAGAAACAAGUGGAUCAUCAACCACAGCUGCAAAACAGCACCUUACACCCAAGUACCAAAUAUCAUCACCUCAAGCUGAAGCAGGCACCAGCAUAGAUACACCCACUGGAGGAGGCAAUAGUGUUGAGGAUGAGGAAGAACUGGGUGAGUCACUGAACAUUAGUGAGGACAGGGGACCAAUAUUGGUAGAUGAUGAGAGAUCAUCCUUUGAAGGGUGGAGGCCCCAUAUGUUGGGCCCUCCAAUUGAGGCAGAUGCAGAUACAGAUCUCAGUGGGCCUGCUUUUAAACGGAGACUGUUAGAACAUGAAUUCAGCGUUGAACAGUCACUUGCCUCCAUACACACCACAGUGGAAGAUGGCAUGGUUAUGUUGGACCAACGGUUGUGUGCAUUGCAAUCUGCUAUUGAGCACGUGGCAACACCAGUGGCAUCUGCAGUGGAGACCUCACUAACACAAGCCUUGGACACAGUUGGGUCAUCACUCAUGAAUGCUCAUUCUGCUGCUAUAGAAGUUUUGGGGUCAAAACUCCAAGAAGCUGUCAAGGCAGGCUUCACUUCUCUUGGAGAACGCUUGCAGGCAACCAUGGCUGAGGGUUUUCAAAGUCUUAUAGAAGCCCAAUGCUCUAUGCUCACUCAGAUAAUUGGUCAGCGUGAAAAGCUGGCCUCUUCUACUGGAAUUGUGCACGCUCAUCAAGUUGACAGUCAUUCAAGUGGAGGUUUGGUGCCACCAAAAAAAAAACAGGUGACUGCAGGUGCUGUCUCUGAAAAUCUGGAAUCCAGAGCAACUCAGCAUCAGAGACCCAUGGGACUGAUGCAGGUGCAUCAGGGUUAGUUGCAGAUACAGGUAGCAGGACUUCUGUAUUUGAUGCAGCUACAGGGUUGGCUCUAGCUGCCAACUUGUGCAGAAAGGCUAGGAGAUCAGCACAGAGUCCUGAUGCUUCGACUCCCUAUUUUCCUCCCCCCUCCAAACCUCCCUGUCCCAUCUUGGAUGCUGAGCCUGUCUCUGCCAGAAUGCACAUGAAGUUUGCAGCUGGUACAGCAAUUGACUCUGGACGCAGCCAACAUAUGCUGUGCUCUGUGUGCUGUUUUUUAAAACGUGUGUAUUUAAAUUUAAAAUGUUUUGAGUCCUGGUGAGAAGCACUCAUGUUGGAUGACUUGUCCUGGUGUCAGAUUGGUGGGGAUUGUCCAAGCAGCAAAACUUGAGCAGCUUAGUGAGGGGAUCUGUAGCAGUGUCUGUACUUGUCUGGUGUAGGGAACAAACCAUUGAAAGUCAAGGGACCGGCGGAAUUCAGAAUGGUGCAGGAAGACACCCUGGUGACUCACUCUUCUGCAGUUGACUUUAUUCAUUCAGGUUUUAUUUUGUUUUAAGCAGAAUAAAGCUUCUGGGAGUUUGCUUGUUUGAACCUUGAAUUUGGCAAUUUGGAAAGAGUAAAAGGUCCCAUUGGUGAAGUUCACUAUAUGCUUAAAGCCUCUUGUGAAUAUUCCUGUGUCAUAUCUGCAUAAGCCAUUAAUCUAUUUAAGUAACACACACAGGAAUAGGCUACGGGUGCUUUAAACAAUUUCAAUUUGAAUUUUGAAGUAAGGAAAUUUUACUCACUACUCACAAUUCCUAUGUUGUCAGAUUAAGCCAAUUUCAUAUUAAUUAACAAAUCCUUUCCCUCCUUUCUGACUCUUUGUGGCACUAAAAAAUAACUAAGUAAGAAAACAGAUUGUCUCAUUAGUAUAUGUGCUAGUUUAAGAGAGUGCCAUGGACUGUAUACUGAGAAGGUUACAAGCUGCCCAAAGCUCAAUAAUGGAUAUCUUUUAUAUUUGGGGAAUGGGGAGAUUAAUGCAGUGCCCAAUAUUAACACCAGGGAGACAGUUACAUGCUUCUGCUUCCUGCAUCAACACCUAUGCAGAUGGCCACAAGCUGUUUGCCAGUGCUGUUCCUUAAAUUGCUUAGUAGUAGGUGAUGUGCACAAGUAACAUGGAUAAUCUGCUUGGUAUGUGGGAGUGGAGACAAAAGAUAUGAACAGCGCUGCUUAACUGAAUACAUGCAGUUUACUUUUAGUACAGCUCAAAUCUUUCCUUCUUAUGUAGCAUAAAACCUGAAGGGACGUAUUCAGAAGCAAAUCCAAUGAGAGUUAGAUACAUUUUACUGGAAAAGUAUCAAUAAUUGUACAGCAUUUACAAUGUAGAAACAGGUCAGUCAGCCCAUUAACUGUUUAAGUACCACACAAGCACUCUUCCAACUCAUUUUCAUUCAAUCUGAUCAACAAGAUCUUUCUAUUCCUUUCUUCCAUUAAAUGCAUCUUUGCUAUUUGUUUCCACUAUUCCACAUUCUCGUCAUGCUGUGAGUAAAUAAGUUUCUUACAAAUUCUCUAUUGCAUUGAUCAGUGAUGAUCUUCCUGUUAGGGAUCAUAGGUCUCCCUCACUGUGAAAAUAUUUUUAUAUCCACUCUAUCAAAACCUUUCAUUAUCUUAAAGACAACUCUUUAGCAUCUCUUUUCUGUGGAAAUGAGCCCUAAUCUGUUCACUAUUUCUUGAUUGAUAUCACCUCUCAGUUCCAGUAUCAUCCUUGCAUCUUUUUCUGCACCUAAUCUAAAUAUCCUUUUUGUAAAAUUAGCACUAGAGCUCUGUGUUGUACUCCAAGUGUGAUCUAACCAUGGUUUGUAUCUGCUUAACAUAAGUUCUUUGCUGUUCCAUUCUUUUAGAAAUUAAUCACAGUGAUUUGUUACCUUUUUAUGGUCUUAUUAAUCUGUGUUGCUACUUCUAGUGAUUUGUGUAUCUGUAUCUUGGAUCUCUUUGCCUCUGUACCCAAUUUAGAAACUUAAUUAACAAAGAAAAUGUGGCUGCCUUAUUCUUCAUAAUGAAAUGCAACAGCACACAUUUAUCUUUACAGCAACUUGAUGAUUGUAAAUAACAUUACCCUGUUGUGGAGCCUACUGAAAAAUAAAACUGGAACACAGGAUCAGGAUUCCACCAGUCAGUUCCUCAUGCUUGUUCUGUAUUAGACUAUGGUUAUCCUAUAUUUUAACUCUGUUUUCCUGUCUCAGUUACAUUAGUAUUAAUAUCCUUGUUUAGUAAAAACCAACAUUCUUAGUUUUGUUAAUUUUACUUAAACUUUAGCCUCAACAGCUUCCUGACAUCGCCCCUGAAUGUCCUGCCUCUAAUUUAUGUUUUUGCUCCCUCAUUCUCCACCCUCCUACAACAGGAAAUAAUUUCCAUAUCUUUCCUAUUAACUUCUUUGGUCAAAUCUCAAUUAGAUCAGUUCUUAAUCUUCUACACUAAGGGAAAUACAAGUCUAAUAUAUACAAAAACCAAAAUAUUGUAAAAAAAAAGUGUUAUAGAAAUCUGAAAUACUCAGUAAAUCUAUCAGGUUCUGUGAAGAGAGAAACAACAUUCAUGUUUAACUUUUAUGACCAUUCACUAAAUCUAAUCAAUACUAUCUAUCCUUGUAAUUUAACUCUCUUAACCCUGAUAUCAUUCUGAACAGGAGGAUCAUUUUUUAAAUUCUUUGUCUUUUGUAUGUAUGCAUAUCUUGUACAUUAAAAAUGAUAUAUCUGCAUGUUCUCUGUCUCACUGCAUGUGUCACAUUAUUGUGCCACACUUUAUUGAUCUUUGCUCAAUAUGAAAGAGCAGCAAAUCACAGCUGAUAGGCAGAUAAGAUCCAACCUAAACAGGUGGGAAACUGUCAAGUAAAAGCUACCAAAGGAUUAUAGAAAAAUCUAUCGAAAGAACAAACUAUGUGAAAAGAGUAAUGCUCUUUGAAAGAACUAUCUAGGUAGUCUCAUUCACCACCUGCCUACUCACUCUUACAUAUGCACACACUCACUCUGGUUCUCCCCUCAUAACCUGCAGGUUUUGACGUCUAUUUUAAAUUCCCUUUUGAAAGUGAUUCUUUAUUCUGGUAUCCCUGUCCUUCCAGUCGGUGCAUUCCAAAUCAUCAUAAACCACUACAUAUAAAGAAAUCACCUUCCCUUCCCCUAUCUUCUGCCAAUUAUUAUCUUAACUCUGUGUCUUAAGGUCAAUGACCCUCUUGUCAGCAGAAACAGCUUUUCUCUCACUCUUCUGUCAAGAGCCCUUGUUAACUUUCUCCUUUGCUUUCUUGGCUCUGUGGAGAAUCCUUACUGCCCAAUCAGCAAAAGCUAUUAUUAAUAAAAUAAGGGAAAGGGAAGCAAUAAAAUCAUUCAAAAUACUCAAUGACAAUAUUUAUGUGUGCCUUUUUACUUCCUUAGCUGAAUGCAGGUUCUGUUUAAUAUUUAAAACUAAACAUGUCUCUUGUCUUUUGAGUAUUACCAUCAAGGUGUUUAUUUUUGGGCCUCAACCUGUCUUAAAAAUCCCAGCUUGAAGUUGAUAUAUUCCUCAAAAUUCUAUCAACUCAUGAAAGCUACUAUGCUUUAGGACACAAAGUCCAAGUGCACCAUUACACAAUUUCUAAGCAUGCACCAGCAUAGUAGCAACUUUCUCCACCUAAUAUUUUAGCAGAACUUUUUUAAUUUCUUUACAUUUCCAAAUGAUUUCAAAACAAGCUGGCUAAUUAAUUUUAACAACUUCUUUGAGUAAAGAACAAGCCAUGUUUACUGUGUGAGAGGAGUGGUUUAUAUUUAAAAAUUGUAAACAAUAAUUAUUUACUAAAAAUGUAUCUUUCUGUUUCACAAUGUUGAAUGACUUUCUCAUAGCUACAGCAAUGUUUGAGUUUGUUUUUACAACUAAUUUGAAAAGAAACUGGGUGAAUUAUUUAUUAAGCAUACUUGAUUCAAUGCGUGAUUGUAUCUGGAGUUUGUUCUGAAGAAUUUAAAACCGCGUUAAUCCAUUGCUGUAUGUCUGUUCACAUUUGAUCCCUGAACUAAAAUAGCCUUUGUCAAUGAGAGAUUGAGAGCCCAUCAGUUUUCUACCAGCAAGUUGUGCCUGACCAAGAGAUCUCUCCAGUCACAAAGGAGAAGUGUACACAAUAUCAGCUUUGCAAUAGAGCUAAGGAAUCACAGAAUAAAAGGUGAAUAUUUUCUUCAAGUACAGACUGUUUUGUUUUCAAGGUAUUACAUAUCUUCAAACUGAGAGUUUUACAACUUUUAGUACAUGGUAUGGAUUUUUUUCUCUUCAAAAAUGGGCAAAUCUGUGAAAUGUAUAACAUCUAUAAAGCUUAUUGGUGCUCAAUAAAAGUAUGAAA